AUGACAAGCACCGGUUCCAAGUUCUACUUGUUCGGCUUCCCAAUCGCGCACUCGAGCGCGCCGAUGCUGCAUAACCACUGCUUCCAUGCGCUUGAGGGUGGGACCACCCAAAAGACAUUCACGCUCUGGUCGACGAGCAAGGUGACGGAGGAAAUGGUACGAGUGAUCCGGGGCGAUGAGUGUGGUGGGGCUGCAGUGACAAUGCCGCUGAAAGCCGACAUCAUCCCCUUUCUGGAUAGUCUGGCGCCUGAGGCAGCGCUGACCAAUGCGUGCAACACCAUCGUGAAGGUGGGCGGCAGACUCGUCGGGCAGAACACAGACAUCUUGGGUGUCCGAAACGCGCUGCUUGGCGCGCUGAGGGCGCAAUUUCCCAGCCUGGCAAUCCCCUCUAACGACACUGCACGGUUUCUGAAUACUAAUGGUCCACCGCUAGCGGGGCUUGUCAUUGGUGGUGGCGCAACGACACGCUCCGCAGCCCAGGCAUUGUCGCUACUCGGUCUCUCAAGGAUAUUCCUUGUCAACCGCGAUGAGGACGAGGUCCGGUUAGUCAUCGACUCGAUGUCGCAUUUACGCGAGCAUUUUGUGCAUCUUCGCGACCCGCAAGACGUAGAGGAGCACCUUGUGGGCGAGGGGAAAGCACGGUUGUUGAUGGUUGUGGGAUGCAUUCCAAGUAUCCCACCCCAAACUUACGAAGAGCGCAUGGUCUACACGACUGUCUCCGCUGUCCUCACAACACCCUACCUCCCCGUAUCAACACCCUCUUCCGCCCUCCCAUACCCGACCCGCCGCCUCUUCCUCGAAAUGCCCUACAAGCCCCUCCACACGACACUCUACAAGCUCGCAGACGCCCACGGCUGGCACGUCAUCGACGGCAUCCAGGCGAUGAUCGAACAGGGUUUUGCCCAGCAGCGCAUGUGGCGGCGCGGAGAGGCCACGCUUGCGGUGGGAUCUGAUGCAUCGAUUACAGGGGAGGUCAUGGAGACCCGAGCGCGACAAGCCGUGCAGGCUCAUAUUAAUGUGCCCGAGGAAGACUCGGAGGUCGAUAGGGCGGGUUCUGAGUUGAGCUGA